GAUUCACGUGUUUCGGCGCGUCCAUCCAAUCAGAGCCAGUGUCUGCUUACUGAUAGAGAUACCAAAGGCUCUUGCGCCAUCGACGGACGCCAAAAGGGCACAUAUAAAGCUGCAGUCUCCAGAGACCUCGUGUUUAUUCUUCAAUUCUCCAUCUCAAUUGGCGCAUUCUUCUGUAAUUUACUCAGGUCGUGCCAGAGACUCAUUUGGGAGACGCAGGAGAUGGAGCCUCAGGCUUGGGAAGAUCUGGAGAGGGCCGAUGGCGGGGCUCUGAGGACUGUUAAAGAUCUGUCGGCUGGUGCUGCUGGUGGCAUUGCUCAGGUCCUUCUAGGUCAACCUUUUGAUAUUAUCAAGGUGCGAUUGCAAACGAGCAAUCAGUACUCCAGUGCUUUCGAUGCUGCCACCAAGAUCUUGAAGAAUGAGGGUCCCUUGGCUUUCUACAAGGGAACCUUGACCCCGUUGAUUGGAAUCGGUGCUUGUGUCAGUGUUCAGUUUGGUGCUUUCCAUGAAGCACGAAGACGCUUGGAGGAAGCCAAUGCGAAGAAGAACCCCUCCAACCCAGGGCUGUCGUACUCGCAAUAUUAUGCUGCUGGUGCGUUCGCUGGCGUAACUAAUUCCGUGCUCUCUGGACCGAUCGAGCAUAUUCGUAUCCGUCUGCAGGCCCAGCCUCACGGAGCCGGUCGGCUCUAUAGCGGUCCUCUGGACUGCAUCCGCAAGCUAUCUGCCCACGAGGGUGUCCUGAAGGGCCUCUUCAGAGGCCAGGUGGUCACUGUUCUGCGAGAGGCUCAAGCGUACGGUGUCUGGUUUUUGAGCUUCGAGUACUUGAUGGACCUGGACGCGAAGCGAAACAACAUCACCCGUGAUGAAAUCUCCAGCAUUCGCGUUGCUACCUACGGUGGUCUCGCAGGAGAGGGACUCUGGCUGGCCAGCUAUCCCUUUGAUGUAGUGAAGAGCAAGAUGCAGACCGACGGUUUCGGUGCUCAGCAAAAGUUCAGCAGCAUGACCGACUGCUUCAAGAAGACUUUUGCCGCAGAGGGCCUGGGAGGUUUCUGGAAGGGUAUUGGACCGACUCUUCUGAGAGCCAUGCCUGUUUCGGCUGGUACUUUCGCAGUUGUCGAACUCGCAAUGAGAGCUCUUGGUUAAGCACCGGCUCUAGGAAAAAGUCAUUUUUUUUGCUUUUUACGCAUAUUCCGAUUGAUGCAUUUCUUAACUCCAUUUCCACGGCUUCAAGGUUUCAUGAUAUACCAAAAAUGCUCAUUUGGGUUCUUCAACAUAAUGCGAAUGCGAAAAGGGGGGGAAAGAGAAGUCUGUUUCACCAUAUGCAUUUAGAACUUUCGAUGCAAUGCAUUCAACAGCUUUCAAUUAAGAGCUAUGAUUUUUUUUUUUUUCAUCUUAAUGCGAAGUCUACGUACAUCUCUUGCCCGGGCAAGGAAACUUGUUUGCUUGGCUCCAAAUGUCGACACCAUAUGUAUCGCCCAAGCAUACAAUGAAUAUAGA